CUCCCGCACCGCGCGGUGCGCUCAUCCCCGAGGGGCCCCUGCAACCUCUCCGCGCGAAGACCGCUCCAGCCCUGCAGGGGGAAAAGUAACUUCGCUUUCUCCCAGGAGCCAGGAAGGAUUAAGCGGCCUGGAAGAGGGCAGGAGCGCGCGGAGGGCAGCGACAGGGGCUUCGAGAAGGAGGACGAGGGGAGUCUGUAGGAACCCCGAGGAAGGAGCCUGGGAUGUCUGAUUGCACUUUCUUGUCCUCCCUUCUCCUCUUUUAGGUGGAAUGAUUGUGGACUGAGACGCGCUCGGGCAGAGAAUAUGUAAUCGUCUCGGUGUCUAUACAGAGGACUGCGCUUCGGGGAGGGAAGAGGAGGGAUCGGCUUGCUCCUCCGCGACUCGGCAGGCGGAGUUUCGCGGCAGCACCAGGGUUGCGCCCGCCCGCGGGGAGGUCGCUCCAUCCAGCCCCGGCGGCCGCGAGAGCCCGAGCGCCGGAGCGCGGUAGUCGGCAGGGGUGAAGGAGAGCGAGACCGAGCUCCGGGGCGCAAGGGAGCGGCCGGGGAGUCCCGGAGGAGGCGAGCGGCGGCCGCGAGCGAGCUAAGCGAGCCCCCCGCCCGUCCCAGCGGCGCCUCGCCGGGUGGCGUCCCGGCGGUAUGGAGAAGGACAGCCUGAGCCGCGCGGACCAGCAGUACGAGUGCGUGGCGGAGAUCGGGGAGGGCGCCUAUGGGAAGGUGUUCAAGGCCCGGGACCUGAAGAACGGAGGCCGUUUCGUGGCGCUGAAGCGCGUGCGGGUGCAGACGGGCGAGGAGGGCAUGCCGCUCUCCACCAUCCGCGAGGUGGCGGUGCUGAGGCACCUGGAGACUUUCGAGCACCCCAACGUGGUCAGGUUAUUCGAUGUGUGUACAGUGUCACGAACAGACAGAGAAACCAAACUAACAUUAGUGUUUGAACAUGUUGAUCAAGACUUGACCACUUAUUUGGAUAAAGUCCCAGAGCCUGGAGUGCCCACUGAAACCAUAAAGGACAUGAUGUUUCAGCUUCUCCGAGGUCUGGACUUUCUUCAUUCUCACCGAGUCGUGCAUCGUGAUCUAAAACCACAGAACAUUCUCGUGACCAGCAGUGGACAAAUAAAACUGGCUGACUUCGGCCUUGCCCGCAUCUACAGUUUUCAGAUGGCUCUAACCUCAGUGGUCGUCACGCUGUGGUACCGAGCUCCAGAAGUUUUGCUUCAGUCCAGCUACGCCACCCCCGUGGACCUCUGGAGCGUUGGCUGCAUAUUUGCAGAAAUGUUUCGUAGAAAGCCUCUUUUCCGUGGCAGUUCAGAUGUCGAUCAACUAGGAAAAAUCUUGGAUGUAAUCGGACUCCCAGGAGAGGAGGACUGGCCUAGAGAUGUUGCCCUUCCCAGGCAGGCUUUUCACUCAAAAACUCCUCAACCUAUUGAGAAGUUUGUAGCAGAUAUUGAUGAACAAGGCAAAGACCUACUUCUGAAGUGCUUGACAUUUAAUCCAGCCAAAAGAAUAUCUGCCUACAGUGCCCUGUCUCACCCAUACUUCCACGACCUGGAGAGGUGCAAGGAGAACCUGGAUUCCCAUCUGCCACCCAGCCAGAACAGCUCGGAGAUGAAUACAGCCUGAAGUCCCAGCUGCUGCCUUGAGCUGAUCACCAAGAGAACAGCACUGGUGGCUGAUGGGUCCCCCUGAGUAAGCCCUGCAGAGCUGUUGAAGAUCACUGGCUGGAGACCUUCUCGCUGCCGUCUUCUGGGUGGGCUCUGCUUCCCCAAGGAAACCUCCUAGUUUACUGUCUGAAAUCAAUGCAAGAGUGAUUGCAGCUUUAUGUUCAUUCGUUUGUCUGUCUGUCUGUUUGUUUCAAGAACCUGGAAAAAUUCCAGAAGAGAAGCUGCUGACCAAUUGUGCUGCCGUUUCAUUUUUCUAACCUUGAAUGCUGCCAGUGUAAAGUGAGCAAUCCAGGCGCAGCUGAGUUAUGACGUAAUCUCUCUGCAGCUGCUGGAGCCUAAUUUGGUACUUUUGAGCGAGUGUGUGUGUGUGUGUGUGUGUGUGUGUGUGUGUGUGUGUGUGAUUCUUGAUCUCUUAAAGUGUUACUUUCUGUAAACGACAAGAAUAAUUGAAUUUUAAAGACUCAAAGUGACCCAUAAAUAACAGGUAUCUAAACGUGAUUCACCAGAAUGGGCUUCUCAAAUUAGAAAGUUGAACCUAUGUCCUCAGAAUUUCUUUUCUGGCCAAAAGCUGUACAUUUGUUAAACACAGCAAAGAGAAAAACAAAUUCUAGUAUCUUUUGAAAGACCUGUUUUUUAAAGCACGCAUACUAUUUACUAUUCAAAAAGCUGAAUUUACUCAUUCUAAGUCAAUUUUAACCUGUAUAAUAUGCUUUAUUGUUUCUUUUGAAAAAUGCCCCGUAAACUCUUUCUUACUUGCUUAUAGAUUUAGGGAGUGUACCUCAAAUACGUAAAAUUGUCAAAAAAAAAAAAAAUAGAGAAAGCCUUUAUUUCCUGGUUUGAAAUUUAUUUCCUUUUUGUUUUUUGCUGUUGUUUUGUUUUUGACUUUAGGAAUUUGUCAGAAACUGUUUCCUUUUUUGGUUUGGAGAGUAGGUCUCCCUAACUGGAGACAGGAAUUCCAUUUAAGUUUUCCCCACCUAUUAUACUGUACUUUUUCUACCAUGCACUGCCUUGUUUGCAAAGUAUCCAUCUUAUCUAUCCCCCAGUGCCUCAUAUAUAUUACUAUUAUUACAUAACUAAUAACAGCUUGCUUAUGCUAUUCCCAUGCACUUUCUUUCAAUGGACGUUUCGUAGGUAGUUAGAUUUAGAUUAUGAUUUAUGGCUCCAAUUCCACAAUCCUAACAGGAUCCCCUACGUUCUCACUCUAAUGCGAUCUUCCUAGCUAGCAUUCACUGUCGUUACCUAGCCAAUGAGUAGAAGACUGGUUCUUCUCUAUCACUAGCACAUAGAUUGCUGUAAACUUACUUAGUAUUUUACAUUUUUAUUGAAUAUGUUGUCAGUGUAGUAUCUGAGGGAAUAUCUUUAACUCUUUUUUAGAAAUAAGUAUUUAGUCUAUAAAACGAUCUUUUCUCCAUCCUCCAGGCUGUGCUUAUUUCUAGUGCCUUGUGCAUACUCUUGCUCUCUGCAGAGCCAGCCUGACCUGGGCAUUGUGACAGCUUUACUUUUUCUCUUGCCAUUUACUCUAUAGUACUUUAUAUUUCAUACCAUCUCUGCCUUAUAUGUGAUUAGUGCUCAGUUGGCUCUAAUAACCAGAAGACACAGAGAUUAAGUAUGUUUUGAGACUUUUAGCUACUUUUGCUUUCUGACGCAUGUUUUGAGUGCAUGCAACAGUUAGACCAUGUUUAAAGUAGGGUUUUUGAAGAAUGGACAUUGUUUCACUCAGUGGAAAAUAUUCCAGAUGAUGUUUAUGUAUAGUCAAGCCUUACUUAAUUCUUCACAGCUUAAUAUUGUAUAUGACUAUCUUGAACAAAAGAAAAAUUAGGAGUUUUCUCCUUGAGAGCUUUCUUGGGUCAAGAACCAUUUAUUUUUAAUACAUAUAUUGUUUAACAUUGUUCUAUUUCAGUAACUUGAAGAGCAGGAAAAUUUUUCUAAAACAAGAUAUGAAUGAGAAGAUGGGCCAUAAGAAUGUUUUACCCUUGUCAUCAUUGUGACAACACUGAUUAUGUUUUGUCAUCACUGUACAUGCUUGAGAUAUAGUGAAUCUGGCGCAUUUAGGGCAAGGCAUACUUGCAAGUCUCCCCCUGGAAAAGUGAGUUCUGCCUUUACUUUCACUGGAUUCAAAAUACAAAGACAUCUUUGCUGAGGCCUAGAAAUUGAAUUUUAAAACUCGCUGCAGUGAUUCAUCAUGAGCUUUUCCGUUAAUAUCCAUGGUUAGAGCUAACAUAAUUUGAGUUUUUCCUCAAGAAAAAUGCAGCUGUUCUAAACUGGAAUUUUUUAAGCACAUUUUAGAAUUUUAAAUAAGAGCUCAACUUGUAUUUCUACCAUAUACUUUUUGCUUCAUUUCUUAGUAGUGUUUAUAAAGAAAAGGCAUAAACAUUUUGGCAUCAGAUAAUUGGCAAAUUAUCCUCUAAGAGACAGAAUGCGAGGGCGUCUCAGCCUCUCUGAACUUGUUAAGAGUCUGUUCUCGGCUCUUAUACCAGUGUGGUUGUUGCACCUGAGUGAUUACUCUCUUGUUUUAUGUCAUUUACAUCACCACUUCUGAAGUCCAGAUCGCAUGUAAGCACCCUUGCCAUUAGGGCACUUCGAAACACGUAGCAGAAUGCAAACUUACCGAAUACGGCUUAUUCUUUUGUGACAUAUGGUUUCAAAAGCUAGGCAGUGGUUAGCUGAAAAGUUCAUGCUGCCCCAGAGUUAUACUGAGGCAAGCAGUAAAAAUAUGGUGACAGACUUGAAAUCCCAUUUGUAUUUCUUUCUAGGACUAGUCCGAGAAUGUGUCCAGUAGUUUCUAUAUGAUAUUACAUUCUAGCAGCCCAGGAAUUAUGGGAAUAGUUGAGCAGGGUGGAGUUUGUAACAAUAUACAUUUUAAAAGAGUAAAAGAAAAACCUGUCUAUUUAGGCAUCACAGUUAUAGUGUGGCAAAGAGUAAUAAGGAUCUAACCCUAUAAUCUUAAAAACACAAUUCCUAAGAGCUUGUAAGAAUCCAGUGCGGUGGAGCCUCCCACUUUGUCUCUCCUUUGAAGUGAAUGGGAACUCAAGGAGCAAAGAACCUGUUUUGGAAGAAAGCUCCAGGCCAUUUCAGCCCCCUGUAUUCUCACGAUUUUCUCUCAGGAAACACACAUUAUGAAUGGCAGAUUCUUUAUUUAGCCCCAGGUGACUUACUAAAAUUAGUUCAAAAUAUUCACCUAAGAAUAGAAUCUCAGCCUUUUAGUUUUAAGUAAAAAUGAAAAUUUUAGAAUAUACAUAAUGUUAAUAUUUUAAAGAAAAUGUGUACCUUUUAAUAGAGUAUAGUUAGACUCCAGAAUGUGGUACUAUCCAUAGUGAUGAGAAAAAAAACUUAAAUUGUACCAAACAUUUUGAAUCUUAAAUUAUGUAUUUAAAUUGAGCUUUUAACUAACUAUAGCAGCUUCUCUUAAAAGUAGUGCCUAUAAAAGUCAGUAAUGGCAAUUUUCAUUCCGUUAUGGAAAUUAAAUCAUGUAAAAUUUCUAAAAUCAUAAACAUUAAAAUUCUUCUUUCCAAAGUACUGCUUCAAGUGACAACUUGUCUGUUUUUUAUGAUAAGUACAUAAGAGUGUUUCACAUUUUCGAAAAGCAGACUUUUGUUGCAUAGUUGAGUCUAGGAAAGAAUAAUGUUAAAAGUUAAUAAGCCCUUAUAAUUACUCCAUUUUGUUAGUAUAGAAAAUAUAAAAUAUUUCCUUUAGAAAGAAAAUAUGGAGAUAUAAAUUCUUAGAUAUUGAUGGAAUUCAAAAGAAUGCAUGUUUAACAUUUUGACACAAAAAUAAUGUAUUUUAUUUUAAAAACUUUUAUACUAUUUCUAAAUCUUUAACAAUCAUAAAACAGUUGGCAAUGGAUAGAGGAAAUUCUAGAGACAAUGAAAGUAUUCAAAGAACGAUAAUUUCAAAGUUAAAUAUGUUUUGAGGGAUAUAUAUUUUAUUAAUAAAUAUAUUAUAAGAAUUUAUAUUGAACUCAUCUGGCAACUAUGAAUUUGAUAGGUUUAAAACAAAUUUUAAUGGAAAAGCUAUUCCAGUUACCAUUUCAAAAGUUGAGCUGAGCAAACGAAACCAUCUAUAUUCCUUCCUCAUUUCGUGGGAAGAAGCAGUCACAUAAAGCUACACUUGUUAUGCAAGCCUAAGAAUGUUCAUUGUUUUAAAAAAAAAAAAAAAGUAAAUUUUAAAAAGACGUGUUUCCUAUGCCACCUGGAUUUUUGAAAAAUUGUGAAACCCAAACCAUUUGUCAUGUGCAUGUACAGUCAGUACAUUCAGGUAUAUGAUUAAGAAGACAGUUGCAUAUUCCUUCUCCACUGGGGAAAAAGUUCUUGAGGCUACCAAACACCUGCCAAGCAAUGGAAGUCCUCAGAUAAUUAGUAAUGGUGUUUUCCUCAAAAGCAUAAGAAAAUAAAAGCAUUUUCAUUUCUUAUCAAUGUUCAACCUAGUUUUGUUACAUACCUAUAUCUCAAGCAUUUCUAACUUGUACUUUCUCAGAAAAUAAACCAAAAAUAUUCUUCUGGCCUUUUCUAUCUUCUCACCUUUGUAAACAACAGAAAGAGGAACGUUCUGCUUUUUAAAUGUUUUUCUUCAAUUAGUUAUUUGUGAAUUUUUAUAAUGAAGUACGAAGGGCUUUUCAAAAUGUUUUCUAUUUCUCAGCAGUCCCAGGGAGUUAAGUUAGAUAAAGGAAUGGACUCCCAUCAACAUAUUUAUGUUUCCUUGAUACUGGUACUCUGGCCUUCAAGAAGAAAAUGAGAUUCACCGGAAAAUAAAUACAGGCUUUUUCAAGCACCUAUUUAAAUUCUGUUACAGCAAUUGGAAGUUAAUAUGGUAGGAAAAAGAGGUGUAAUUGUUCCAUAAUUCACACUGUCCCAAGUGAUGGGCCUUCUUGUUUUAUUCCAGUAUGUGCCACAAGGUGGCACUUUCAGGGAGGGGAAAAUCUGAGCAAGGCUAAAGAGGUAUUUCUGAAGACUCCUUCUAACUUUAUUUUUCUGCACAUACUUAACUCUUGCCUAGCAGUUGUUUUUCAGGGUGAUUAAUAGUCUUCAAAUGUUCUAUAACUUAUUUUAGUUGUUAGCUAGAUUCGGAACAAUUGCAAGUAAAUUGUUCUUGAAGAUGGAUAAUACACUCAUUUUGGUCAUUUAAGUGCAUAAAUUUACUUAAACAUUCAUUUACUUAAACAUGUUUUGAGGUACCUAAUUACCUCACUUUUCUAGGUGUAGAAAUUUCAAAGAUGGAUAGGCUUAUUAACAUAAAGGCAGCACCCAUCUGUGAACAGGAAAGUUUUAUUGGGAGUGUAAAACUCCUCCAGUGCCCCCAGCCACAAAACCAAACCCCAUUUGCUGCUUUCACAUUCCCUACCUUGGCAGCCAUUAGACAUUGAUUAAAUUUUUAAUCCUAAUUUAAAAAGCAGAUGAACAAAAUAAGUAAUUCAUGUUAUUAAAUAGCAGAACUAUGUUUUCUAAAGAAUUGGCUAUGCUGAAACAGCCAUGAAAUACUAAAAUACCUUGUAACUUUUAUGUUUGUAUAAUCACAAAUGUAAAUUCAAAGAAAUUCUAAUUUUUUUUUAAUUUUGUCUAAACAUGAGCAUAAUAAUUUAGGAGUAUAUCUACACAAGUCUUUCUCCACUCAUGAAGUUCUUUGGCAACUUUAUUGUAGAUAUAAAUAGAGAUAUCUAUAUGCUCUUAUAUUUUAAUUCACAGGUCUGCCAAGAGACCCAUUUACCCCCAGGUGAUUUUAGUUAAUUUUAGAAGCUACCUUCUUCAAUAGUAUCACUGGAAUUUAGGAAGAAGGAAAUUAUAAUAUUUUUCAGAAUUUCUUGAGCACAGCAUAAAAGAAGGCUGUUUAUUCAGAGUGGCAGAAAUUCGAUAGUGCCUGCUUAACUUUUCUAAGAGUAGCCAGCAGACAAGUCUCAGUAAUUCAUACUGAAUCAAAAUACCGCACACACUAGGGCCUCAGAAACUCUGAGAAAUCAUUGGCCUCAUCCCUCUGCUUACAAUUCCACUGAAGUAGUUUAAAAUUUAAGGCCGAAUUCAAACCUAGAGUUUGUUAUCAGCUGGGCCAGUCUGAAUUCUAUUGCUUGUGUUUAAAACUUCACUCAUACCUGAAAACCUUCCGGGUGCUCUGCACGGUCACCCCACCCCUUUGGCAAUAGAGUGGCAGUAGGCGGAGCUGGCUGGGACCCGCCCGCCGUUCACCUGUUAGUGCUAAAAACGUGUACAGACCCGGCGAGAAUCUCCGAGGUCCACGUGCCCCGCUGCUACUGUCUCAGAGGCAUCUGUUCUGCAAUCUUAGGAAGUAGAAUGUCCCUAUAAGCAAACGGGUGUCUUCUGUGCGGAAAUAAGUACAACACAAUUCUCCGAAAGUUAAAGUUCGGGUAUAAAGAGAUGCUGCUCUGUAUGAAGCUAUCAGGCAUCUCUCAAGCUCUAAGCUCAGUUUUGUUUUGUUUUGUUUUAAGAGAAGAUGUAUAAUUACAGGAAAGAUUUUUUAUUUUUUUAUUUUCAAUCAUUCUACAUAUAUGAUGGCAAAAGAUAUGCCUGGAAAAAAAGUUUUGUUUUGAAAAUAUGUUUAUUUUCUGCAUCAUCUUCAGUUGGCAAAAGCUCCUAACUCUUUUGUUCCUAAUUUUUUUCUUUCUCUUUUUACUUUGUCAUUACUUGACAAAUUAAUUACUUUAAAAGCAAAUUAUCUCAUAUAGUAGGAGACUUUCCUGUUUAGAGGAACUUUUGUGUGAACUUUUCAUUGAGCAGAUAAUCGGCCCUUCUCUAUUUUAGGCAUUUAGAUUGUCAAAUGUAGGUUUUCUUAAAGGGAGCACAUAACAAUACACAUUGCUACCAAGAACUAUGACUGUAGCACUAAUCGACAAGCAGAGAGCCACACAGUUAUUUAAUUUCUAACUCUCUGUAGUUUCUAGCCAGAUUCCGUUGCUUAGGUUACAGUCCUGAAGACUCACUUUGUACCCUCACUUGAAAGUUUCUAAUUUUAAGUUUUGUGACAUGCAGUAAUAGGUAUUAGCUAACAAUAGUUCUGUGAGCACCAGCAACUCUGAAACUGAUCUCGAAUAAUGAAAAUAGAUCCCAGCAAUAAUUCAUUUCUUGAACUCACCAAGUGCAUUAUAUAUCUUCUCAUGUGGGACCUGUGUUUGAAACAAUGUACAUGUGACUAUUAUAGUUCCUCACUUACUUUGCAUUCAUUUAUUUUGCUACAACAAGUAAUGAAUAUAUUAGUUAGUACAUGGAGUGAAUAGCAUCAACUACCCCUAGGGUCAGCACUUAAGAUGGGGAAUUUGUAUUUCAAGUUGUUCUACAUUUGCAUAAAUUAUUUCUAUUAUUAUUCAUUUAUAUUAUUUAUUUCUGUAUCACACUAGUCCUGUGAAAGUGCAACUAAAGGCAGGCCACAAUAAGAUAUGCAUUUAAUGUUCAUUACCACGGUCUUGAUGGAGCUAAGCCCCCAACUAAGCUGCAUGCAUUUUAACAUGAUGGUAGAAUUUAAGUCUAUAGAUAUAGUGUUUUGUAUCUAGGUGUUUUAUCAUUAUAUAAAAGAAUUAAAGCAGAGGACUUUAUAGUUGUUCUUUUGUCAAGUAUGCAUAUAGUAUAGUGUGAAAAUACAGCAAAAAUCAAAACUACAGAGAGAAAAGCAUCAGAUAUUGCCUUAAUUUAGGAACUCUGCCAGGUGGCCAUCGGAGUAGAUGCCAGGCAGAGACAGGUGUCUGGGCAGUGCUUCUUGUCUGGCCUUGAGAAGAAGCUUCCCCCUUGGGUCUAGUGCCCUCAUAGGCGUCAUGUGCAGUAGAGGGAACAGGUAGUGCUGUGGAAAUGAGAGCAGUGUGAGAGUUUUCUGUAGAAGCAGAACUGUCAGCUUGUGCCUCGAGGCUUCUAGAAUGUGUCAGGUGGAGAAAUCCAAGUUUCCGGGCUUCGGGCAACUUGGUUUUGUGAAGAAGCAAUCCAGUCUGGUAAUAAAAACAAGGAUGGCAUGCAUGUACAGUAGUCAGCAGUGGGACUUUAACAACCAACAGUUCCCAGCCACCUCAAAACCUUGUUGUAUUUCUGGUACUUUAGUUUUGAUUUGAAGAUUAAACGGCAAGUGUAUGGUAUAGAAGAGCAGUAUGUGUUAAGAAAAGCACAAUAUCAGUUCCCAUAGAGUACAGGUUAGAACUAGAGGGUCUUACAGGAAUAUCAUUUCUGAGAUGUAUAAAAUGUAUUUGUGUUUCUACAUUCCCAUAGGGCCUAGUUAAAACUUUCUUCCAGGUUUCAGCAAGGUUUUCACACCCAGUGAGCUUGUUUGUUUUUGUUUUUAUUUUUUUUUUGUUUUUUGACUUAUAAUAGAAAAUGUUCUAAAAGUAGAAAAAAAUCUUAAUUCAGACAUUUGAUUUGUUGGUUUCUGUGUUUGAAAUCACGGUUCUGGAGAUGUAAUGACUGUGCAUGUGCAUGUAAGAUACUAAUCUGGACUGUGUGAACCAGCCCAAGGUAACCAAUACUAGCCCACCUCCUGCAUCCCUUCCUCCCUCAGAAGUGCUCCCUGCCCCUAUCCUGGCCAGCCCAUGUGAUGCUCUCCAUCCUCCUCUGCUGCUCUUUGGGCUUCAGGGACAUGAUGAGAGAUGCUUUAGGCAUCACACGGUGUGCCUGCUCAGGCUUGGCCACCAUCCUUACUUUACCUUGGGCUGACCACGGUCAUCAAGAGAAGGUUUCCUGGUGCUGGGCACAGAGUGUGCUAAUGAGACCAUUCACAAAUACCCUCUAGCAUUUUGUAUAUAUCUUGAUUUUUAAACCAAGUCAUUCUACAGAGCAUUCAGUUUUGGCUGUGGUUCAAAGAGAAAAACUAACGAAGGAUAUAAACCACAUUCCAGGCUGCUGUUUCCUAUCCAUUUACAGGCUAUACUUUUACUGUAUUUCUUCAUACUUGAAACUCAUUCCACUGUUUUAAUAUCAGGGUACAGACUUAUAAGGGUGCAUGUUCUUCAAAGGUGCAAAAUUACUCUCAUUCCGUUUGCUCAUACUGCUACAUAAUGCUCUGUUUUGGUGCUUUGGGUUCAUCAGGUCAAAGAAGCAGUGUGGAAAUUCAUUGCCUGGAACACAAUCUUACAAGAAUGUUGGCAGAUGGUUUGAUGUUAAAUAUUGCUUGUGCUCUUUUCUUUGUACACAAGAUUAAGAGUUACCACACUGGUCUGUCAGGUUCACCUGGGUAUCCUUCCUCACAGAGUACAUACGUCCUGUGCUCUCCCCAAGUGUGGGUGCAGGGCAGCUCUCUGAAAGUAGAGACCUUCCUACGUAACCGGUCAUUUAGCCCUCAAAGAAAAACGGCCUCAGCCUCGCGUGUAGUCAGGAACAGAAUGGGGAGGGCUGCCUCACUCUACGGGCCAUCCCUCCUCCAUUCCAUACAGAAAGCCCUCCUGAGGCCAAAACAACAGAAGGAAAGAAAGCUUAUCUGUAAAGUUAUCAUUGUGGUAGGCCCUCAGCUGAAUGGUCUUGCUUCCUUCCCUGUAGGUAGAUGAAAAUACAGGUCAGUUGAUCUACACUCUUCUCACCUGAAGAAGGAAAUAGAACAGUUGGUGUUUGUGAAUGUAAAACAUGUAAUCCAAUGGCCACAAAAAUGUAUAUUAAAUACCCCAUCACUAGCAGUCUGUUUUUAAAAGUAGCUUAAGUAAGGGAUGCCAAGUGGCCUAGGUUUUCUGAGGUCAGAGGUAGUAGCCAUCCUAGCGUGCGCCUUACUCUGAGAUGCACUUGGAGAGGGAGAAGUACCGAUAGUGACUGCUGCAAUGGCAAAGGUAUCAUGUCAGAAAAGUCAGAGGGUUACAGAUCAAUGAUCCUUUGGAAACUGGAUGUCUUACUGGGUGCUAGAAUGCAAAUUUAGGUAUUUAUUGUCAAAUAAUGGAAUUUAAUAUUUUUUGAGAAUUGGUGUUGAAAUGUUGCUGUCCAGUUCAUUGUUUUCACUUAUGCACAAGCUAAAUUGAAGCAAAAAGAGAAAAUGGUUUGUGUAUUUGUCAUGCCUUUUGUAUUUCUUACAAUAAAAAUAUUGGUAGCAAAUAAAAGUAAUAAAAACAGCAAUUUUAAACUGCUUUCUUGGA